GAUGACGGCAGCCAUAUUGAUGAGCUAUCCCUAGUACCACACCCUUAUAGUGAACCUGGUUGAGGGAUUCAUUGCAAUUAGGGCCUGUAGCUGCUGCAGCCCUGUUGCAUAGUUGAGCUAUCCCGCAAACUAGAUGGAGCUUGAAAAUAUUGUUGCCAAUACAGUAUAUCUGAAAGCUCGCGAAGGUGGAGGAGGCAAACGAAAAGGAAAAAGCAAAAAAUGGAAGCAGAUAUUAUCAUUCCCGCACAUCUCACAGUGUGCCGAUAUAAAGAACAAAAUCAAUCACGAAUUCACUUUCAUGUUUGACCACCAGCCUCUAGGCCGUCAUCUCUUCAUAGAAUUUUGCAACACAAAAGAACCUUAUCAGCGCUCAAUAGGAUUCUUAAAUGCUGUGCAAGAGUAUGAAAUCACUCCAGAAGAAAAAAGGCAAACAAAAGCAGAGGAGAUCUUGGAGAAGUAUUUGCAACCUGAUUCUGAAAGCUACGUGACUCAUGUAAAUGGCAAUCAAGUCUCUGAGAUAAAAGAUAUUAUGGGCCAGAACAAGUCUUGUAAAGCUUUAUUUGAUGACUGUGCCAAGCUUGUUAGAGAGUACUUGAGCAAAGAACCUUUUCAAGAAUUUCUUGCCAGUAUGUACUUCAAGAGAUUCAUGCAGUGGAAAUGGUUAGAAGCUCAACCUGUGACCAAAAACACAUUCAGAAUGUACAGAGUAUUAGGGAAAGGUGGAUUUGGUGAAGUGUGUGCUUGCCAAGUGAGAGCGACUGGGAAGAUGUAUGCAUGCAAGAAACUGGAGAAAAAGAGGAUAAAGAAGCGGAAAGGAGAGGCAAUGGCAUUGAAUGAGAAGCAAAUUCUUCAAAAGAUCAACUCAAGAUUUGUGGUUAGUUUGGCUUAUGCAUUUGAGACCAAGGAUGCCCUAUGUUUAGUCCUAACCAUUAUGAAUGGUGGUGAUCUGAAGUUUCACAUCCACAACAUGGGGAACCCUGGUUUCCCUGAGGAACGCGCCGUCUUCUAUGCAGCUGAGAUAACUUGCGGCUUGAACGACUUGCACAAAGAGCGCAUAGUGUACAGAGAUCUAAAACCAGAAAAUAUUUUACUAGAUGACAAUGGCCACGUGAGAAUCUCAGAUUUAGGCUUAGCUGUGGAAAUCCCGGAAGGGGAGUCCAUACGAGGCCGUGUUGGAACUGUUGGCUACAUGGCCCCAGAAGUUGUCAAGAAUGAAAGGUACACAUACAGCCCAGACUGGUGGGGACUUGGCUGUAUAAUAUACGAAAUGAUAGAGGGAAAGGCACCUUUCAGGGCUCGAAAGGAAAAAGUAAAAAGAGACGAAGUAGACCGGCGGGUGAAAGAAGACCAAGAGACAUAUUCUUCCAAAUUCAGUGAAGAAUGUCGGAGCAUAUGCACAGCUCUUUUGCAAAAGUCUCCCUCAAGCCGACUAGGAUGUGGCGUGGAGGGUGGUGAGGAGGUGAAAUCUCAUCCCUUUUUCCGGAACCUCAAUUUCAAGAGAUUAGAAGCAGGAAUGGUGGACCCUCCCUUUGUUCCUGAUCCCCGGGCAGUGUAUUGCAAGGAUGUACUUGAUAUUGAACAGUUUUCCACAGUCAAAGGUGUCAAUUUGGACGCUAGUGACGACUCAUUUUACAGUAAAUUCAACACAGGCAGCGUUUCCAUACCAUGGCAAAACGAGAUGAUAGAGACAGAGUGCUAUAAGGAACUCAAUGUAUUUGGGCCAAAUGGAGAACCUACGCCAGAUCUGAUAGAAGGUUUACCCCCACAGCCACCACAGAGGGGGUUCUUUGACAAGUUGUUUCGAAGGAGGCGGCCAUGCUGCUUUAGAAAAGAGGUUCGUGUCGGAUCUUCCCUUUCAGACCCCCACCAACUGGAGGAAGGUGUCCCCCAGCAUGAUGAAAACCGUGUUUAAAGCGUCUAGUCAUCUUUUACUCUCAAGUGUGGUCAAGAAUGCGAACCCUGCAGUAUGGUCCUCAUCACUCUUGCAAGCAUUGGAUCAAGAAUUUAGAGCUGUAGCGGAAUCUAGAUGGAAGACUGCACAAUCUCAGAUCCAGGGAAACAGUUCAGCAACAAAUCAACCAGCCAUCCCACAGAGGGGGAAGGCUUCUUCAAGGAACUCCCGUAACAGUUCAGCGGUUUCUCUAAGGCACCGGUGUCAAACUUAGUCCCACAGGGGCCAGACUCUAAUUUCACUUAAUGUUUAACGCUGCUGGCCAAACUGGAUAACACUCACAGAGCAGUGGAAAUUAGACUUUUUGAAACCAUAAAUAUGAAUUAAAGCAAACAAAAUCAAGGCAUACCAAUAUUCACUCUUAUGCCAAUUCCUCAGAGUUGUAUGUUUGGCAUCUUUUCCUGGCAACAACUUUGUAAAUGUUUGGAGUAAGGUUCUAUGUUAUGGAGAUUCUCAGGAAAGAUUGCCUAGAAUUCUCUUUUGGGCCAGUUAUAGUCAUUUGGCGGGUGGGAUGUGGCCCGCGGUCCUUGAGUUUGACACCUGUGCAGAAAGUUGAUGGCCAGGUGGGAAAAAGCAGCUUGGGCGAUAUGAAGCCAAGUACUACAUCAACGUCUUGUAGAUCUUCUUCUCCCUUGUUGUACCAACUGAACAGUUGUUUUCUUUCUUCUGUGGAUCCCAUUGGAAUACUUUUAUAGACCUGUUAUAUCCUGGUUCUGACCUUGUGUUGUGUGAAUAUUGCACAUAUUCAAGUGAUAAAUGCAUUAUUCUCGCUCUGCUCUGAACGAUUGAUAUUGGGAUAUCCGUUUCUUGUGUUGGAGGACAAGAAAGAGACCUGGUACAAUUUUUCUGAUGUGUUUACAGGCAUGCUGAGAGAGGGAGGAAAGGAGAAAAAAAAAAAGAUGCACCAGUAACAUUGCUCAGUUUGUUAGUGAUUCUACUUAUGACUUAUGAAAGGCUUCUGUGUAUCCUAUAUUUAAACAUGUGCAGGAAUCAUUGAACGUUUGUUUAGCUCACUUGUUGCUUUUUGUCACCAGGGAAUAACUUAUUGUUUACCGAGAACAGUGUAUGUGUGCUGUCCGCCCUACCCCCUCCACCUACCACCAUCAAAGUAUCUAAUCAUAUACUUACUAGUCUACAGGCAUUUAUUUUGUACUGUAUUUUGGUUGUUUGUUUUUCUUUGAACUCACUUUUGUUCUUGCCUAUUUCUGUUUUUGUAUUGGUCUGUUGUGUAAAUGAAUUAUCCCAGCUGAGAGAACUGAGCGCAUGUAUCAAUAAUUUUUCUUCUGUAGUACAGUAUGGCUUCCUCUUUGCCGUGGUGAUCAUAUAUCUGUACACAAGGCUGCCUUUCUUUGGGUCUGUUGAGGAGGAAAGGAAGAACUGAAAGGGUCAUGCGUCAGUCUUUAAAACAUUUUUCUUAUGUCUCAUUGAAUUGCAAGGAGCAUAAUUUAUUUGCAUAUAUAUAUUCAUAUAUUUAUAUUAGUCCUCGCCAGUUUAAACACUUUAUUUGCAACAUAGUGUAGGAUAGUUGUUUUUUUGGGGGGAGGGGGGGGGGAGAUUGUUGUCGUGGAGCGUCUCCUAUGUUUUUUGGGUUUUUUUCUCAUUUACAAUAUCUUGUCAAGAUUUUGUGUUAUUGUUUUCCCUUGUCAUGUUUACAGGAUUGCUUGAUGAUCUGUUAGACAUGAAAGGAUAAGAAAUUUGGUACCUCUUGAGUUCUCGAUGCUAAUCUUUUAAUAAGUCAUUAUAUUUGUCAGAAAUUAACAGCAUUACGUUUAAUCAACUCCGACAUUCUUUGUUAAGGUGUUCUUGUUUUGUUUUGAUUAUUUUUUCUUUUUUUUAAUUUCAAAAGUAAUGGAUGUACUUAAUGAUACUAAUUGCAAACGUUUCAACAUUUUGCCUUGCUUUGCCCAGGGCACAUGAAUGUUGCUGGAUUAUCUUUCGUAUAAUUUGCUUUUCCUUUGUUUAGUUUCAUUGUCACUACUUCUGUUUUAAAAUUUUGAUGAAAGUAUUCUGAUUUCUUUCUUAGGCUUGGUUUUUUUUUUUUAAUGAAUUAAAUUGUAUUGUUGUAACUUUCUAGUGAAAGAAGUGUUUCAUUUUGUAUUGAAAGACUUUGUGCAUUUAUUUGUCAAGAGAAAGAGACAUUUACAGUAGAAGUGUUAUAAUGAUGACUUGAUUUUAAAAGGGGGGAAGGCUUGUUGCGAGAAGUUAAAUUUGGAACUUGAGGUACUCCUUGUUGCCUGGAUGCAGGGAAUAUCGUACUUGUUCGUGGUUAGUAUCUUAUUUCAUAGAGCAUGGACGGAGUGCGAAGUAGCAGCAAUUCAUAUCAAAGCCAUAGAGUAUCACAGUGUGAUAUCGGAGUCAUUGCGUUUAUACAGUUUAAGGGAAGGGCUGUCAAAGCCUUCCUCUCAUGAUGGAGCGUAAUGUGUGUGGUAGAAGUAGCCAACGAUGGAAUAGCUAGUACAUACUAUACUACCUAGUUGGUUUUGUUUUACAGAUCCAAGGGAAGGUAGUUUAGGAGGGAAGGGAAUCUUCCGGCUGGUAGCGAGGUGAAUCUUUAGUGGUGUAUAAACUUAGUUAAAGAUUUUGUUCUUUCGAUAGGCUAAGUGGACUUGUGUUGGUGUGUGAACAAAGAAGUUUAGGCUGAUGGAAUAAUCUGAUGUGUGAUCUUAAUUAAUGGUUACCCCACUUUUGCUUGUUUUGGUUUAUUAUUGCCCUGGCUUCCCUUCAAGUUUUGUUGACUGCGGAUGAAAUAAUGAUACAGCAUUCUUUAAUCUGCUGCUCUGCGUUUUGCUUCCCAUUUUAAGCACCUCGAACACUUACGAAAAGAAAUACUGCAGACUUUUCAAAUCUUUAUUUGUGUUGGCUUCUGUUCAUGCUUUUUAAAAAUGGACUUCAUUGAUAUUUAUUGGGUUUAUUUGGGGUUGUUUUUUUUUGUACUUGUGAUUGAUUCACUAGAUUGUUUAAUGAUCAGUUUUGGGGUGCCCGCACCAUCUGUUCAUUUUUAAAGCGUCUCAGUUAAUCUGAUACGUUGAUGUGCCCCAUCCAUCUUUCUGUUGUAAAUCAGAACUGUGACUGGUUUUGACUUGCUGCACCACAGAAAGAUUUCAUAUUUGUUAGUUAGUGUAAACCUAGUGUACUCACUCAUGCCAUUGUUUUGUACACACUGAUCCCUUUUUGUUUGGACUUUUAAUAUCCUUUUCUAUCUCUUGUCUUUUCAAACGAUUCCUAAUCAAUUAAUAUCAGAAUAUACCUAUUUCACAUGUGUUAUAUAUAUGUAUAUAUAUACACACAGACACAAAUGUGCGGAUUGAUUAAAAUUAAGUCUGAGAAAAAUUUCAUAACUUCAGAAAUAUAACGUCCUUUGCAGUAGCCUGUUUGAAUGAGAAAUGCUUAUUUCUUUCAAAACAAUUUUGCAGGCACCAUAACAAUGUGAUUGUAUGAAUUGUUCCUGGCGCAAAUGUUCAGGUUAUCAGGAUUGUUUGUAAAUGUUGGAAGUGUGCAAAGCCCAUUUGUCCUAUUGAAGUGUCAUACAGUACCUUAAAGGCAGAAGCACACACUAUACCUAUGUUUAUUUUCUACGUUAAUUUUUUGAGAUACGUGUUCAUUUGAGAAUUGUUGCCAGUGCCAAAGAUGAGCCAUAUGUGUUAUUUCUCUAUUUACUAUAUAGUAAAUUAAUACCACUUGUCCGGAGAAAAACUUGAAAUUUGGUAUUUAAGAAGUGAUGUUAACCACAGUUGGUAGAGUGUUUUUUUCUUCUCAGCAUUGCUUAAAGUGCAGGGUUCCAUUUGAGAUAUAUCUUAUUCCAUUUCCUUCCUUGCUCUUGACUAAUUGCUUUUUCAAUACAACUUUUGCGCAGUGCCAAAAUUAGAACUUAUCCUUCUCAGUUUGUUGGCCUGUACUUUUUUAUAUUCUCUUCUCUGUGUAUUUUAUUGUCUCUUGUCAUCAGAAAAAUGAACGAAAUAUUGUACCUUGUGGGCACCCUAGUCCACCUACUGCCAACAAAUGUCGUUUUCCAACGUAGGCUUUACAUUGCGAAAAAUUGAGGGCCGAUACAGUGGGUACCUGCGUUACUGAAAUCAAGAAAUUAUUGAAUUUGAAAUUGAUGGUACUCAUUCUAUUGAAAACUGUUGAAAGGAUUUGCUUUACAAAUGUUUACAGAGUACAGAGAUUUUUGCUUUCUAUUUUUCUAUCUUUCUCCUACAACCUAUUCUGGUUAAUAUUGUGCAUAUGUCUUUGGCAGUGUGAAGAAAUGUACUUUGUGUGGGGAAAUGUAAGUUUGUAGCGUGUCAGAUUUGGAUUUUUUUAAAAGGUUCUUUUUUUCGGUAGCACUGAAUAUUCUUUUGUUCUUUGGAACUAGAAUAUAUGUCAGAAUAUAUCAAUCGAAAAUCAUGAAGUUUAAAAAGAAAAAUGUAUGUACAAGCAGCUACUUUUUUAAUGCCGUAACCGUUUAGCUUCUGAUGCAUGCCCUGAAAUCCUGGAAAAGGGAUAUAGUUCUCAAAAAAUUGCAUACAGAUGUUCUCAAAA